GUGGGCACCUAAUUACUAGAACUUCUUGUUCUCCAUGUGGGCACCUAAUUACUAGAACUUCUUGUUCUCCAUGUGGGCACCUAAUUACUAGAACUUCUUGUUCUCCAUGUGGGCACCUAAUUACUAGAACUUCUUGUUCUCCAUGUGGGCACCUAAUUACUAGAACUUCUUGUUCUCCAUGUGGGCACCUAAUUACUAGAACUUCUUGUUCUCCAUGUGGGCACCUAAUUACUAGAACUUCUUGUUCUCCAUGUGGGCACCUAAUUACUAGAACUUCUUGUUCUCCAUGUGGGCACCUAAUUACUAGAACUUCUUGUUCUCCAUGUGGGCACCUAAUUACUAGAACUUCUUGUUCUCCAUGUGGGCACCUAAUUACUAGAACUUCUUGUUCUCCAUGUGGGCACCUAAUUACUAGAACUUCUUGUUCUCCAUGUGGGCACCUAAUUACUAGAACUUCUUGUUCUCCAUGUGGGCACCUAAUUACUAGAACUUCUUGUUCUCCAUGUGGGCACCUAAUUACUAGAACUUCUUGUUCUCCAUGUGGGCACCUAAUUACUAGAACUUCUUGUUCUCCAUGUGGGCACCUAAUUACUAGAACUUCUUGUUCUCCAUGUGAGUGCCUGAUUGCCAAAACAUGA